AUGAGCCACAAGAAGGUCAUCGCUGUCUUUGGUGCCACCGGCAACCAGGGCGGCUCAGUCAUCAACGCUCUUCUCCAGGAUGCGGAAAUCUGCAAGCACUACCGCUUCCGCGGUGUUACCCGUGACACACGCAAGCCCGCUUCCCAAGAGCUCGAGGCCCAGGGCGUUGAGAUGGUUGUUGCCGAUAUGAACUCCACCGAGACUGCCCGGCCUGCUGUCGAGGGCGCUCACACCGUCUUCUUCGUCACCAACUUCUGGGAGGGCAUGUCCGCUGAGAAGGAGAUUGCCCAGGGCAGACACGUCACCGACGCCGCCAAGGCCGCCGGUGUCAAGCAUCUGCUUUUCUCGUCUCUCAUCAACGUGACCGAGGCCACCAACGGACGUCUGCCUCAUGUCACGCACUUUGAUGGCAAGGCUGAGAUUGAGAAGUACAUCCGUGCCUCUGGCAUCCCUGCCACCUUUGUCCAGCCCGGAUACUUCAUGGUGAACCUCACCUCGGCUAUUCGCAACAGGGGAGAUGGCACCUUUGUCUUGAGUCUGCCUAUUGACGCCAACAAGGCCCAGUUCCCUCUCAUGGAUGUUUCAAACGACUACGGCAAAUUCGUCAAGGCUGGCAUCAAGCACUUCCCAGCCACCUCUGGCAAGACCAUUUACGCUGCUGGCAGCUACUACACACCCAACGAGCUCCUCAAGGAGUUCUCCGAGGUCAUGGGCGUCGAAACGGCAUUCCAGAAGAUUGACGCCGACACCUUCAAGUCCUUCAUGACCCCCAAGGUUGCGCAGGAGCUGCUUGAGAACAUGCUCCUUCUCGAGGAGCCUGGAUAUUUUGGUGGUGCCGACCUGGCCGAGAGUCUGUCGCUGCUGGAUGAGACGCCUUGCUCGUGGAAGGAUUUUGUCCAGGCCAACAGGGACUGUUGGCUGUAA